AUGGAAACGGCGGAGGCACCUCCUACUUACCAUAAAACUAACAAAUUCACGAGGGGCUUUCAAAACAUUGUGGACGCCUACGGCAUAGCCACAUACCGAGAAAUUAACCCGGGUAUAAAUAAAGCCCUUUGGUUCUAUUUCACCUUUAUUAUCUUCAACACUUUGUACCAGUUGUGCUAUUCAGCGCCUUACACCAUGAUCUCCUUCCCAUUCUUGUUCGCAGUCAUGUUUGGUGAUCUCGGACAUGGCACAAUAAUGCUUCUGGCCGCGCUUUUCUUCAUUUUGAAAGAGAAACAACUUGAAGCUGCUCGAAUCAAGGAUGAGGUAGUCAUGGAAAAAUGGUAA